UUUUUGAGGCACAAUGCAUCUCUCUGAAGAUCUAAAAGACACAGAUUCAAACUUUUCCGUCCUUGGCUUGGGUCCCGACUGUCUCCUGGAGCAGCUCACCGUGUGGGGCCCGGACCUGACUUUCCUCAGUGUGGAGGCUGCCAGGCGGCGGCGUCCUCUGCCUGUGGGGAUGGCUUUACAAGGAGCAUCUGCAGUGCUGGGACCCCAUGUGGCCACGGACCCAGGAGCCUCCCUGUCUGCUUUCAUGGCACGGCCCUUCCCCGCACCCACUGCCGGCGCCCCUCACCGGCCACUGUGGGGGCAGCACCCGCCGCCCCUCAUGACCCCGCCAUUCCCUCCUGGUGGCCCCCUGGUGCUGCCAGCUUUCUCCAGGACUCCGCUGGUGGCAGGAGAGGCUGGCCUCGGCCCCAAUGGGACUGGGACCUGCAAUGUCAUUGUGCAGGUCCGGUCAGAACAGGGGUGCUCAGUGACCCCCCAGACUCAGACCAUCGUCCUCACUCAGGCCCCCCUCAGCUGGAGUGCUCCAGGGGCCCUCUGUGGGGGUGCUGCGUGUCCCGCACCCCUCUUCGUGACAGCCUCUGCGGUGGAGACCAGCACUGCCUCGGCCCAUGGGGGCUCCCAGGCUGGCAAGGGAGGCUCGGCCCCAAGCCUUCCACCUCCGGCUCAGCCCCCAGCCGCGCAGCUGACCACCGUCGUGCCCCUCGACGCCAGGCCACAGCCUCACGGAGCUUCCAGGAGCCGGACCACGGCCUCGCCCGAGGACUCCUGUAACCCCAAGAGUGUUUACGAGAACUUCCGGCGCUGGCAGCGCUUCAAGUCGCUGGCCCGGAGGCACCUCCCGCAGAGCCCCGACGCAGAAGCUCUCUCCUGCUUUCUCAUGUGAGUGGCCUCUGCUCUCUGCUCUCCUGCAGCCCUCACGCAAGCCCACCUUGGGGCGCGCACACAGGGCGGUGAUCUAGGGCCGCUGGGAAGAAGGGCUGCGGCCGGGUCCCUGCUCUAGGAAGGCACGUUCUGGUCCAGGACACCUUUCAGUCACGCAUCUCAACUGACAUUG